UUUGGCUUUGUGUUCUUCAAGUUUCAUGUCCUCCUGACUAUUUCUUGUAUCUCACCCAAUUUUUGCCUUUAUCAUCAUUGGGAUGCAAUUUAUGUUUAUGUAUUGAUGAUUUUGUUGGGCACUAUCGCAACAAUUUGCACUGAUUUUGCACCAACUGCCCAUGAAGGAAGAGAAAAUAGUCCAUUACUAAAAAAAUCUUAGCUGCCCAGUGGAGAAACAGUUCUCCUAAUCGCCUUCAAAACCCUGUUUGCAUUAUUUUGGUAAAUAUUCUUUGGUUCUAAAAGUCUAUUCUGAGGAAUUGCAACCAUUGGAUUGAUGGCUCACUGUCUUCUUUAUCAUCAAUUCUAUGAUGACUAAUUUGAUUUGGUAAACUGAAGUUCCUGCAUGUGAUGAGUUCAGGGCUCUGUCACAUUUCAAUGCCAGGCAGUUUUCACAUGUAUUUUCUGACUUUAUGUCUCUGGAUUCUGCCUUCAGGCUAUAAUGUUGAGUUCUCUGCUUCAAUGCAUGAAUCUCAUAGAAGAAAUUUGGAAGUCACCACAGAUUAAAGCACACUGUUCAAGUUGAAAUUUUUAAGAGAUAAGGACACUGUCAGCUUCAACUAAACCAAACCCAGUUUGAUUGUUAGUUUGAAUUCUGCCAUAGAUUAAAAAUAUAUAUAUUUUAAUUCGUUUUGUUAUUAAUUUAAAAAUUAAAUAGAAAGAGAGAAUGAUGAGAUUGCAGGCAGAAAAGAUGAAAGGUGAAGGCAAAAAGCAGCUCUGAAAGACCCACUAAUUAUAGCAAAUUGAGUCUCAGGCAGUAACCCUUCUCUUCUCUUCUCUUCUCUUCUCAUUCUCUCUCUCAGCUUCAACGUACGGUUGUUUCAGUUUCAACUCAUUUCCAAUGUACACAGUCUGAUCAUUUCUAUCUUCUUGCUUGUUCACCGUCUGAUUGGAAUCAAAUGGGAGCUCGUUGCUCUAAGUUCUCUCUGUGUUGGUUCCACUCUCAACUCAAGCCCGCCGUGCUUGAACCUUCCGAUCUUGAACAUGGCGGCAAAAAUGACCGGAACACAUGGCCAAGUUUCACUGAGUUCAGUUUGGAGCAACUGAAAGCUGCCACCGGUGGUUUCCCUCCCGAUAACAUAGUAUCGGAACACGGCGAAAAGGCUCCCAACGUUGUGUUCAAAGGAAAACUGGACGAUGGCCGUUGGAUCGCCGUUAAGCGGUUCAACAAGCUCGCCUGGCCCGAUUCUCGUCAAUUCCUCGAGGAGGCGAGGUCAGUGGGGAAUUUGAGGAGCGAGAGAUUGGCGAAUCUGAUUGGUUGUUGCCAUGAAGGCGAUGAGAGAUUGCUGGUUGCCGAGUUUAUGCCGAAUGAAACUCUUGCAAAACAUCUCUUUCACUGGGAGACCCAGCCCAUGGUAUGGGCUAUGAGGUUGAGGGUAGCACUUUAUUUGGCACAAGCUCUGGAAUAUUGCGGGACCAAAGGGAGGGCAUUGUACCAUGAUCUCAAUGCCUACAGGAUUUUAUUUGAUAAGGAUGGUGAUCCCCGGCUUUCUUGCUUCGGCCUUAUGAAAAAUAGUAGAGAUGGCAGAAGUUACAGCACAAACUUGGCUUUCACCCCUCCAGAGUACUUGAGAACAGGCAGAGUGACACCAGAAAGUGUAGUGUACAGUUUUGGCACCUUGUUGCUAGAUCUUCUAAGUGGCAAACAUAUUCCCCCUAGCCAUGCACUUGACUUGAUUCGUGGGAAGAAUUUCUUAAUGUUAAUGGACUCAGCUUUGGAGGGCCAUUGCUCAAAUGAUGAUGGAACUGAGUUUAUGCGGUUAGCUUCUCGUUGUUUGCAGUAUGAAGCUCGUGAGAGGCCAAAUGUGAAGUCUCUGGCCACUGCACUCAUGUCACUCCAGAAAGAAGCAGAGGUUCCAUCACAUGUUCUGAUGGGUUUUCCACAUGAAACUGAAUCUUCUGCAAAGCCAUUGUCAUUGACACCUUUUGGUGAAGCUUGCUUGAGACUGGAUCUUACUGCCAUACAUGAAAUAUUAGACAAGACUGGAUACAAGGAUGAUGAAGGCAUUGCCAAUGAGCUUUCUUUCCAAGUGUGGACAAAUCAAAUGCAGGAGACCUUGAAUUCUAAGAAACAUGGAGAUACCGCCUUUCGAGCUAGGGAUUUUGCAACUGCCCUUGAUUGCUACACACAAUUCAUCGAUGGGGGAACCAUGGUUUCACCAACAGUGUAUGCAAGGCGCUGCUUGUGUUAUUUGAUGAAUGACAUGCCACAAGAAGCUCUUGGAGAUGCUAUGCAAGCUCAGGUGGUGUCCCCUGAAUGGCCGACUGCUUCAUAUCUUCAAGCUGUUUGCCUCUUCAGUCUUGGCAUGGAGAAUGAUGCACAAGAAACACUCAGAGAUGGCACAAAUUUGGAAGCUAGAAGGAACAAAAAUUGAAAGUGUAUAGGGUUUCUCUUUUGUUUUAUUUUAACUUCUCCCAUAUAGUUAUGUUCAGGCUCUUGUAUUUAUUUGGCCUUGCCUCAUGUCUCAUCUCUCUCCAUUUUGAGCUAUUGUGGUGGCACAGAAUUCUUUGUUAAUUGUUUCUGUCGUGAUGAUAUCUAUAUUUCUGCA